AAAAAAUCCAAAGUAACAAGAGGCAUUUAUUGCGGCAAUAACGUUUUGCUUCUCUAAACCCUUUUUCACGAGCUUCGCUGAAAGCAGUGAGAACUCUUUUGUGCAAUAGCAUCAACAAGUAACUUCUAAGAAUGGCCAAAGAAAAAGACUCCGAGACCCACCGUAUUGACGACAUCUUACGUUAUGUUGGUGAAUUUGGUUUAUGGCAGAAGUUUUUGUAUUUUUCAUCAUGCUUCCUUGUGAUAGUCCCGAGUGCCAUUCAAAUAGCCUCGCUAGUGUUCGCCACUGGUACACCAAAGUUUCAUUGCGUGACACCCAACGUCACUUGCGAGGAAAGCAAGUGUUGUGACAACUGUACCACUUAUGCUUUCGACAAAUCCUUUACAAGCACUGUGACUGAGUGGAAUCUGAUUUGUGACAAGAAAAAUAUUGCUGCCUUGGUUCAGUCGUUAUUUGUAGCUGGUAUGAUGGCAGGAUCUAUCUUCUUUGGCGUGAUAUCAGACUUCUUCGGAAGGAGGUUCUGUCUUUUUUUAUGCAGUGCUUUAGCGCUGAGUUUUAGCCUGGCGUCAGGUUUUGCGGACUGUUUGUCAUUUUUUACUUUCCUCCGCUUCUGCGCGGGUGCUGCUAUAACCGGUCUGUUUGUGGGGCACUAUGUUUACAUUUUGGAGCUGGUAGGGUGCAGCUAUCGCACUCUGGCUGGAAAAGUGCAGGAUGUCUUCUGGGUCAUAGGCGCUUGCAUCACGGUCAUGACUGCCUACUUGGUUAGAGACUGGAGACAAGUGCUAUUGAUCGGUAGUAUUCCAGCGGGCCUCUUCUAUCUUUUAUGGAGCGUAUUUCCGGAGUCUUUAAGAUGGCUGGUUGCUCGUGGUCGUUUAGAAUCUGCUCAUGCCAUUCUUAUGAAAUACGCUGACAAGAACUCCGUGACUGUUGACUCAGAGACCCUCAUGUCCAUGUUGGAGGAAUGCAAAGCGGCUUCGAAGAGAGUUGCGUCUGAGGUCAAGCGGUCACCUCUUAAUCUCGUGCGCACACCAAGAUUGAGAAGAAGAACUGUGAUUCUUUGUUAUAACUGGCUUGUUCUGAGCAUGAUAUUUUACGGAAUUAUGCUGUAUGUCCCAAGCUUGGCUGGUAAUAUGUACCUAAACAUUUUUCUGAUGUUUGUGAGUGAUUUACCACACACUCCCAUGGCAUGGAUUGUGUUCAAACAGUUUGGUCGCCGUAUUCCGCAUUGCGUGUUCAUGAUGAUCAGCGGUCUUUCGUGUCUGUUCGUUCUUCUUGUUCCGGAAGAUCUGAAAGGUUUAAUAACGGCAUUGGCGCUGAUUGGACGAUUCUUUGGAUCAGCCUCGUUCUCGAACGUAUACUUGUACAGUAGUGAAUUGUACCCCACGACCAUCAGGAAUAUGGCUCUUGGUACUUGCUCGACUUUUUCUCGUAUCGGAGGCAUGGUUGUUCCUUUCAUCAUUGCACUGGCUCAGUUGCCUGGUGUGUCUGUGACUUUGCCUCUGGUUAUACUGGGUAUUCUUACCAUUAUCGCCGCCUUGAUGUCCCUGUGGCUGCCCGAAACUCUUCUGUCCAACAUGUGCGAGACGGUGCAGGAAAUAGAAACUUCUAAAGAGAACUACGGAUUUAUUUGGAUGGGAAAGCCACGACCUCCACUCAUCUCUUUCCCAUGCAAUAGUGCCCAGGACUCAAACAAAGCAAACGGAGAAAAUGCGCACGUUUUGGCAGAGAAUCCUGACAAGAGCCAAAAAGGAAGGCCCUCAGAAGAACCCGAGGACCAAAAAGAAACUACACCUCUGACCACUGCGGAAGAUGGGUCCCCAGAGUCCAAUAUAUAGCUUUAUUUAGAUAGCUUUUAAGACUGCAUAUACGGAAUAGUGUUAUUUUAGUGUGGGGAAUUAGGUCAAAGUAUAGAUCGCUCCCAUCUUCCCUCUUACACUUGAUUUCUAUUUAACCUCAAACAUAAAAUUACAAGGUAUAAGAUUUUUGUAGCAACAGAUCUUCGUCGCCCUGAUGUCUGGAUGACUCACUUCAGAUGUUGUAACCGUAUGGUUCAAUUUUUAGACUAGUCACCGCUUGGAGGAUUUAUUAUUCCUUCCAGUUUGGCUUUUCUGUUAUAGUGAGAGUAUUACGUUUCACAAUCUCUCUCUAUCUGUCCAUGAGGCGCGCGUGCAAAUGACGUAUAUAUAAAAGAAAGCUAGAAAACUGUUUUCAAUUUGAUUGAAUCAAUUGGGAAUUGAUUGACGCCUUAGAAACUAGUUUCGAGACGUUUUUACAUCCAUCGUUGCUUCAUUUUCUGUCUUUAUUCCCUCAUAUUUUGCUCACUAAUGCGACCUUAAUUGAAGAUUUAGAAAUGACAUCAUUGUGGAAUCAUAAAUGUUACUGAAGCAGCAGCAGCAGCAGCGGUAGGGUAGUUAAGGGACUAUCUACUGUGGUAUCACAGGGCUAUGAAACACGCGAUCAUUUUUUGUGCGUCAAGUUGUUUUCCGUUGUAACCAAUAACAAAUGGAGAUAAUAAAAUGGCUGUACAACAAACUGCUGAUGAAAUAAACACCAUGACCAGAGAAGGGGAAUUUAAGAAAUGUCAUUUAUUACCAUUUAAAAUGGCGUGGUUAAAACCCUUCAUAUACAGACCACUGUUAGCACGGUACUUAGAAAACUAAAUAAUUUAACAACAAACUUUUAAAAUAUCUUGCCAUAACAUUUACAAUAAGAUAAUUCGUUAAUUGUCUUCCGUUUAAACGAAAGAAGUUGAAUUUAAUUAAAGGAUACCCAAAUCCCAUUUUCUGUGCGAUAAAUAAUUUUAAAUUUUAAAUAUGUAAUGGAAACGCCUAGGCCUUGUUUAUAAAGAUAAGGACUGCUUCAGUUAUCAAAUUGCAUUCGAAACCAGUACAAUUCACCGUAACAAAAUCCACUUUGCGGAUUAAAUAAAAUUCACUGUGACUUUUACAGCCUUUUUUGAACUUUCAUGGGACGUUGUUUGGAAUCCUGGAACUUUUCCACCUGUCAUUAUCAAAAAGUGGGAUACAAAGAAACAACUUUUAUCUCAUAAAAAUGAAAACAUCAUAGAGGGUUUUUUUCGCAGAAGUUCAUCAAACUGAAAAUCAAUGUGUAUCGUCGUCCUUUCAUGUUAGUUUUAAAGAUCUCCCGUUCGCAGAAAUUAAUUAAUAUGCCCAAGAGAUGUUUACAAGUUAAAAGUUCCUAAGAACUGUGUC